AUGGCGAAUAAUCGCGCAGUAUGUCUCCCCACUGAGCUAGUUGUGUUUCUCACCUCUUAUUUUUACCCCUGCCGGUUAAGCGAGUUGGCGAUGGACACGAUUGACGAGAGUGAUCUAGAUGCACCGGCAGAGGAGCGCAACCUCUUUGAUCAUGUAACAUGUAAUAUUUCAUCUCCAGUAGAUGAAGUUACUGUGGAUGAAGUUACUGUUCCUGGGGCUCUUGCUUUGGACAUAGAACAUGUUGAAGAGGAAGUUGAGAGACUUGAUCAGCUGAAAGCGAGCUGGAUGAAGGGAAUUGCUCUGAAGAGGCAAGCUGAACUUGAGGAGAUUGAUCUUAGAGAUUGA